AUGUCUCCCGCCGUCGAUAUUGUCAGCCGCUCCGCCCCCGCGGACGAUGUCCUCGCAACCUCCGUCUCGAAUUCCCUCAAUCUCUCCACCAGCCCCAAUGCGACCUUCCACCCCUCGUCGCCUAACUUCAACCGUGGUCACCUUGCCGCUGCCAAGGCGAAGCACCUAAAGCCCUUCGCCACCCAUGACAUCAAGGUCUUGUUGCUGGAGAACGUCAACCAGACUGGUCAGGACAUCCUGAGGGGCCAGGGUUACCAGGUGGAAUUCCAGAAGAGCUCGCUGCCCGAGGCGGAGCUGAUUGAGAAGAUCCGGGAUGUUCAUGUCAUCGGUAUCCGCUCCAAGACCAAGCUCAACGAACGUGUCCUCCGCGAGGCCAAGAACCUCAUUGCCAUUGGCUGCUUCUGUAUUGGCACCAACCAGGUCGACCUUAAGUUCGCCGCGGAACACGGUAUCGCCGUCUUCAACUCCCCCUUCUCUAACUCUCGCUCCGUUGCCGAGCUUGUUAUUGCCGAGAUCAUUGCUCUUGCCAGGCAAUUGGGUGAUCGCUCGAACGAACUGCACAAUGGCGUCUGGAACAAGGUCUCUGCCGGCUGCUGGGAGAUUCGCGGCAAGACCCUUGGUAUCGUUGGUUACGGCCACAUCGGCUCCCAGCUGUCCGUCAUGGCUGAGUCUAUGGGUAUGAGUGUACUCUACUACGACGUUGUCAACCUCAUGGCUUUGAGCACUGCUCGCCAGGUCAACACUCUCGAGGAGCUCCUGAACAACGCGGACUUUGUUACUCUGCACGUUCCUGAGCUGCCUGAGACCAAGAACAUGAUUGGUGCCAAGCAGCUCGAGCAGAUGCGUAAGGGUAGCUACUUGAUCAACGCUAGCCGUGGCAGCGUUGUCGACAUUCCUGCCCUUGUCGAGUCCAUGAGGAGCGGUCAUCUUGCCGGUGCGGCGCUCGAUGUCUACCCCAACGAGCCUGCUGGCAACGGCCCUUACUUCAACGCUGAACUGAACAACUGGGCGGAGGAUCUCCGCAAGCUCAAGAACCUCAUCCUCACCCCGCACAUCGGUGGCUCUACCGAGGAGGCUCAGAGUGCCAUUGGUGUCGAGGUCAGUACCGCAUUGGUGCGUUAUGUCAACGAAGGCAACACUCAGCAGUCUGUCAACAUGCCUGAGAUUGCUCUGCGCGCCCUCACCACCGACGAGCCCAACCACGUCCGCGUCUGCUACAUUCACAAGAACAUUCCCGGUGUGCUUCGUCGCGUCAACGACAUUGUGGGUGACCACAACAUUGAGAAGCAGACUGUCGACUCCAAGGGCGAAGUUGCCUACAUGUUGGCGGAUAUCUCGGAUGUGACCCAGGACCAGAUCCAGGGCCUGUACCAGGAGCUUGAGAGCCUGUCCUCAAACAUCCGUACUCGUGUCCUUUACUAG